AUGGAGUUCGCGAAGAAAAAGUGCGGAAUUUGUGGCGCCGGUGGUUCAAACCUGCGUCCCAACCUAGUGACGCUCAAGACCAAGUUCUCGGGGACAACUGUGUACCAGCUGAUGGAACGCUUCAUCGAAUAUGAUCUGUCGGAGUUGGGCACCGACAUGGCCGAAUCUGCUGCCUGCAACGAGUGCUACGCGAAACUGAACGAUUACGAUGCUGCUUACACGAAAGCACUUAUUAUACAGAAAGAACUGCUGGAUCUCUUGAAAAACAGCCCACUGGGAAUUGCCCCGGACUUGGAGGUUCUGGAUUACUAUGAAUACGAAGAAGAAAUGGACAGCGACUCGCAAGUUCCCUUGCGCGAAGUCGACAAAGUUGAAAAAGAAAAUGAUGAUCCGCAACCAAAGUCACUUCGUUCGGAAGAAGCGGGUGGUGCAACAUUACUCUUGCAGGGACAGCUUAACGCUGAAGAAUCAACCCCGUCUUCCGGAGUUAGCUGGAAGUGUAACGCAUGUGGACAGCAGUUUAAAAAUCUAAGCGAAAUGCAAGAACAUAAACAUUUGAAAGUUGAAAACGACAGCGAUGAUACGAAUGAGCCUGACCUUUCAAUUGAAUCUCUACAGUCGCCCUAUCAGGAUGAGACCGGCGAUAUCAUGGAGGAAUCGGACGAUAUUCAAUAUGACACAGCGGAUGAUGGUCCGGCGGCAGCAUUUAUCAUUGAAAAACUUGAUGAAGAGGACAUCGAAAGUUUGGAAGAACUGCCAGCUAAAACUAAACGGUCAAGAGAGUGUUAUUAUUGUGACGAGUUUUUCUCUUUUCAAGAAUCUUUCAAGGAGCAUAUGGACACUGUACAUUCCAUGGAGAAUGGGCAACACAAAUGUAAAAUCUGUGGCUUCUUGGCAAAAACGCGGGCCGCACUAUGCAAUCAUUUUUCAACCCAUUUCCGGGCACCCAUAAAAUGUAAGAUAUGUCAGAAGGAGUUCCACCAAAAAGCAACACUCGUCAGACAUAUGGCUAUUCACACGCGCAAGACGGCAUACAGUUGUAAAUUGUGUGACAAAAGCUACAUCCACUACUCGUCCUACUACAUGCAUCAGCUGGCGCACCACAAUAUCAGGUCGAAGAAAUGCGAAAUUUGUGGCUAUGAGCUACGAUCAACUUCGCAUCUCAAGCGACACAUGAGGACACACUCGGGAGAAAAACCAUUCGAAUGUCCUGAGUGUGGACAAAAGUUUUCCCAAAGAUACAACAUGAUAACGCAUUUGAAUGGCCAUAAAGGAAUAACGCGCAAAACAGCCAGAACAUUCAUUUGCAAACUGUGCGAUAAAAGAUCCGACCGCAAGAUGAUGCUGAGACAACAUUUGCAGGUAGAACAUGGUAUUUCGAGCGAAACAGAGUUAGAGAAAUCAAUGCAGGUUGACAUUGCUGGGACGUAAAUAAAUGAAAUCACAACUAGACGACACAGUUUGGUUCACAAAGGGUUUAGAAAACAGAAAAUCUUUAAAAGCCCCGCCGGUUCCGGACGAUAUAUUUCAAAAUAUAGAGGUAAGAGGUUAAUGACUUCAAAUGAAGCAGAAUUAGUCACGUGGAUCUUUCUGCCUAUUUUGUAUCAAUGUUUUUCUGUCGAAUCUAAUUAAAAAAAAAAAAAAGUUAUUGGCGAACAUAAAUUUCGCCAAUCUAGAAAAAUAUACCAUACCGAACAAAUACCAUUACAUAGAAAACUA